UAUCAGAUGAUAUUGAAUUAGACAAUAAACAAUUUAGUAUUAAUCCAAAAUUAGAAAAUGUAUUACAAAACAAGCUAAUUAAAAAUGAGGCCACUGUUACAAUAAAUGCUGGUGUGCAAUAUGAAGAAAAUAUAAAUAUACUUGAUACAAGCACAGUAAAUAUUUUAAAUGAGUAUGAUGAACCUGUAGAGACUCAUUAUUCAGAAGAUAGCCAUCAUUCGGACACUAUUGUUUCUACAAAAGGAAGUAAACCACGAAAAGCCAAAAAUGAACAUAAAGCUAGGAAAAGAAAAAUUAAAAUAAAAACCGUAGAUAUAGAAAAUGAUAUUUGUGAUGAUGAACCACUAUCCAAGGUAUCCAAAAGACUUAAUAAAAAUGAAAAUAAUGCUGAUAAAAAGAAAUAUCCCAGAAACUUCAACAUAAGUUUUUUCCAAGAUUAUGCUACAGUUUUGUUUUUGACACCGGAGGAUGCAAAAAAGGAACUUUUGCUUAGAAAAGAAUCUGCGAAUUAUAAAAUGAAUCAGUAUAAAUGUGAAUUUUGUUACAAAGGAUAUGAAGCUAAGACGGCUUAUGAAAAUCAUAUGAAGAGGCAUAGUGCUAAGUAUGGUGAAUAUGAAUGUGACCUCUGUCACUUAAGAUUCCCCGAGCAGAAGUUUCUCAGUAAGCACAGGCUGGCUUGCCACAAACGGAAGUUUUCAUGCAAACUGUGUUCAUAUGUCUGUAAUUGCACACACCAAGCUAAAAAUCAUGUGAGCAUGCAUAAAGGAAAGAAAUAUCCUUGCAAUGAAUGUACGGAAGUAUUUAGCAUGCCGAACAGUUUGCUAAUGCACAAACGGUUGAAACACGUCACGGAGUGCGUGUGUGAGUUAUGUGGAAGUACAUUCGCCACUCCACGAGGACUGUACUCUCAUAACAUGAAACUUCAUAGGCAGGAUGUAAACAGUAAACAGGGUCCAAAAUGCGAAGACUGUGGCAUUCACUUCUCCACUGAGAUGGCGUGGAAGAAACAUUUGGUGCUCUCCUCGAAACACAAUGUCAGUAAUGGUUGCAAGCAUUGCGGUGAAACAUUUCCCAACGUCGAAGAACUGAAAUCUCAUUCGAAGAUACACGCCCGCAAACAGUCAUCCAGACUUGAACAACUUAAACUUCCCGCGGCUUGCAGUAUUUGCGACAAAUGGUUGUCUGAUCGCAACGAGUACAAAUCGCACAUGACGUCACAGCACCCUGAGACUGACGUCGCGAAGAAGUUGGAUUUGGAGAAUCAAAUGCCAUUUGUAUGUGAAAUAUGUGGCCGUAUGUUUAAGAGGCAGUGUUUCCUGCGGUACCACCAGCGCGUACACACGGGCGAGCGGCCGCACGCGUGCGCGGAGUGCGGGUCGCGGUUCGGCGCGGCAGGCGCGCUCGCGGCGCACCGCGCGCUCCACCACGAGCGCCGCGCGCGCCUCGCCUGCCGCCUCUGCGCGCGCUCCUUCACGCACCGCAGCGGACUCAACAAGCACAUGAAGGUACCCACACACCCACACACCCACACACCCACACCAGCGCGCGCACGCGGGCGAGCGGCCGCACGCGUGCGCGGAGUGCGGGUCGCGGUUCGGCGCGGCGGGCGCGCUCGCGGCGCACCGCGCGCUCCACCACGAGCGCCGCGCGCGCCUCGCCUGCCGCCUCUGCGCGCGCUCCUUCACGCACCGCAGCGGACUCAACAAGCACAUGAAGGUACCCACACACCCACACACCCACACACCCACACCAGCGCGCGCACGCGGCGAGCGGCCGCACGCGUGCGCGGAGUGCGGGUCGCGCGCGCGCACGCGGGCGAGCGGCCGCACGCGUGCGCGGAGUGCGGGUCGCGGUUCGGCGCGGCGGGCGCGCUCGCGGCGCACCGCGCGCUCCACCACGAGCGCCGCGCGCGCCUCGCCUGCCGCCUCUGCGCGCGCUCCUUCACGCACCGCAGCGGACUCAACAAGCACAUGAAGCGCGCGCACGCGGGCGAGCGGCCGCACGCGUGCGCGGAGUGCGGGUCGCGGUUCGGCGCGGCGGGCGCGCUCGCGGCGCACCGCGCGCUCCACCACGAGCGCCGCGCGCGCCUCGCCUGCCGCCUCUGCGCGCGCUCCUUCACGCACCGCAGCGGACUCAACAAGCACAUGAAGGUACCCACACACCCACACACCCACACACCCACACCAGCGCGCGCACCGGACUCAACAAGCACAUGA